AUAAAUAAAAACCAAAAUCCGGGCUGGACCGGUAGUGGACAGGCCCAAGUUAACACAUAUAAGAAACGAUUCCAAUUAGGGUUUCUCUUCGGAGAGUUUUGCGUCACCGCACGGACACGACCAGUAGCACCUACAGCAAUGGCCCCCAAAAAAGGUGGAAAAGCUCCAGUUCUAGCUUCUAAGAAGAAACCUGAGAAGGUUACGAACCCGUUGUUCGAGAAACGUCCGAAGCAGUUUGGAAUUGGAGGUGCGUUGCCACCGAAGAGGGACUUGACCAGAUUCGUUAAGUGGCCAAAGACUGUUCAGAUUCAGAGAAAGAAGAGGAUUCUGAAGCAGAGGUUGAAGGUUCCACCAGCUUUGAACCAGUUCACAAAAACCCUUGACAAAAACCUAGCAACCAGCCUGUUCAAGAUUCUUCUGAAAUACAGGCCUGAAGAUAAGGCAGAAAAGAAAGAGAGGCUUUUGAAAAGGGCUCAGGCAGAGGCUGAGGGCAAAACAAUUGAAACUAAGAAGCCUAUUAAUGUGAAGUAUGGUCUCAAUCAUGUUACCUACCUCAUUGAGCAGAACAAAGCUCAGCUUGUUGUGAUUGCUCAUGAUGUCGACCCAAUUGAAUUGGUUGUGUGGCUUCCAGCAUUGUGCAGGAAGAUGGAAAUUCCUUACUGUAUUGUCAAGGGCAAGGCUCGCCUUGGAACAGUUGUCCACAAGAAAACUGCAUCCGUUUUAUGUUUGACAACUGUUAAAAAUGAAGACAAAAUGGAGUUAAGCAGGGUCCUAGAAGCAAUCAAGGCAAACUUCAACGACAAGUAUGACGAAAACAGGAAGAAGUGGGGAGGUGGAGUCAUGGGUUCCAAAUCACAAGCCAAAACAAAGGCCAAGGAAAGGCUUAUUGCCAAGGAAGCUGCCCAGAGGAUGAAUUAGGAGUUUUGUUAUAUGUUGUUGCUUUGUCCUACCAUUUUUGUGUUACUUUUUAUGCAAAUUCUAUUUUACUUGAAUCUAAAGUUUUCCCCUAGUUUGGCAUUACGAAUUAUGACCACCAAAACGUUUGUUAUUUAUAAUAGCCAUAGUAUUUCUUUAAAA